AUGACAGUUUCAGAAAAAGCAAGAGAGAGCCCUACCUCCAACAAGCCCUCGCCUCUACAGCGAGAUGAAUGGGACAAUAAGAACAUUGAAGAUAUGAUGCAGUGCCUGGGGGACCACGUGGGUGGAGGUGGCAAGUCAUCUUCACUCCUAUGCAAGGGCCUGGAGCCCCUCGGGGAGCCGGUAGCCUCCAGGGCCAGGCCAGGCCAAGACCCCCAGAACCAGACCAGGAGGAAGCGGUCGUCCAGGAAGAACCAAGCCACAGUCAAGGGGAAGGUCACCAAGUGGGCUCUGGAGGAAUUCCAGGAGCGGCAGAGUCAGGACCGCCUGGAGGAGAACCUGAGAUUGAUGAAACAGAAGCAAGUGACCGCUGACCCAAAGGUCACCAUGAAGAUCGUUCUCCAAAACCAAGGCAGGAAAGCCAGGGAGCGUCCAGCCACCAAGCCAAAGAUGGAGAAGCCCCAGGGUACAGUGUUCACUGAAGAAGACUUCUGCAAGUUCCAGGAGGAAUAUUUUGGGAGUCCUGCAACCAAAUGA